AUGGCAAAAGCGUUAGUAAGACGCAAAACGAUCGAUGACAAAAUUGUGGACCAAAGUCAAUUGAAACGGUGUUUAUCGUUUUUUGAUCUCACAUGCCUAGGCAUUGGUUCAACACUUGGGUUGGGUGUCUAUAUGCUGGCCGGACAGGUGGCCGGCAAAACUGCCGGACCUUCAGUAUGCCUCUCAUUUGCAAUUGCUGCCGCAGCAUCCCUAUUUGCGGGUUUAUGUUACGCGGAGUUGGGCUCCCGUGUGCCCAGAGCCGGCUCAGCCUACCUGUACUCGUACGUUACUGUAGGCGAGUUUAUGGCAUUUGUGAUUGGCUGGAAUCUUGUUCUAGAGUAUAUAAUAGGUAAAAGAUCGGCAUCUAUUGCACGUGGUUAUACUGUAUAUAUUGACGCGUUGUGUGAUAACAAAAUAUCCAAAUAUUUUACUAGUGUUGUGCCCAUAAAUGUCAACGGAUUUGCCCCGUUUCCCGACCCGAUAUCAUUUACGUUAACACUCGGACUUUCAGUUUUGUUGGCAUUGGGAGUAAAAGAGUCUAUAAGAUUGCACACAUUAAUGACCAUAGUGAACUUAUCGGUAGUGGUGUUUGUUAUUAUUGCUGGCUGUUUUAAGGCAAACAUUGACAAUUGGAAAAUUAACAAAGACGAUAUACCGGUACAAUAUACGUGGGCAGGUAAUGGGGGCUUUUUUCCUAAUGGUUUCUCAGGUAUGAUUGCCGGUGCUGCCACGUGUUUCUAUGCAUUCGUGGGUUUUGACGCUAUUGCCACUACAGCAUUCGUGGGUUUUGACGCUAUUGCCACUACAGGAGAGGAGGCAAAAAAUCCCAAACGAAACAUACCGUUAAGCAUAUGCUUAUCGCUGUUAAUCAUAACACUUGUAUACUUUGCCAUAAGUGCCGUACAGACCCUAAUGUAUCCCUAUUACCUGCAACACCCGGACAUAACCAACGGGGCGGCGCUGCCCUACGUAUUUGACAAAGUGGGCUGGACGUGGGCCAUGUGGGUCGUUUCAGUGGGUGCCAUUAUGGGCCUGUCGACCAAUUUGUUGGGCACACUGUAUCCCUUACCGCGUGUUCUGUACGCUAUGGGUACAGACGGUGUGAUAUUCCGGUUUAUGGCAACAGUUAAUGGGCGGUUCAAAACACCCGUUUACGCCACACUUAUUGCCGGUUUGUUUGCCGCCACUAUGGCCGCUAUUUUUGAUGUAGAUCAAUUGCAGGAUAUGAUGUCCAUUGGCACAUUACUAGCGUAUACUUUGGUUGCAAUAUCUAUAUUGGUUAUUAGAUACUCAAACAGAUUUAAUGAAGUUAACGAAUCAAAUGGUAUCGAUAAUAAUACGACAGUUUGGCGACUGGUUUUAAAUCUUACUGUGUAUUGUCUAUUAAGGCAACCAAUGAUACAAAAGUCGCAAAAUUUUGAGGUUGCAUGUAUGACUAAAAUUAUAAAUUAUAAAUUGCAUGUUCCUGGUGUACCGUUUGUCCCACUGUUAAGCUGGAGACAUGGAUCAGAUUUGCAGUCUGGAUGGUUGUUGGUCUUUUAA